UAUGUAAUCAGUGAGUCAGUGCCCAUGACUCACCCUCUCUAAUAUCUCCCAAACUUAGCAAAGCUCCAUUCUUUGUUUAUAUACAAGCUCUGUUUCAUUGCCUAAAUUUUCAUUCUUUGAAAACAUACAAGAUGAGCUGUGUGAAUCUGAGCUCAUGGGGCCAAGCCUGCUCAAUGUUGAACCGAUCCAGAUCCUCCCCAUCUCUCCUCCUCCUCCACCCGACCCGACCCGUUUCCUUCUCUUCCCAUAAACGCCGCCGCCCCAGCUCCGUCGCAGCAAUCCUGACGAAGAAGGAGUCCGCCGUGAACGAAGAAUCGACAAAACCCAGUAUCAAUUUCAAGACUUACAUGGUGGAGAAGGCCGAGUCCGUCAACCGGGCCUUGGACGCCGCCGUGUCGCUGAAAGACCCGGUCACGAUCCACGAGGCGAUGCGGUACUCUCUCCUCGCCGGAGGCAAGCGGGUCCGACCCGUUUUGUGUCUCGCGGCUUGCGAGCUCGUCGGAGGCGACGAGUCCGUGGCGAUGCCGGCGGCCUGCGCCGUCGAGAUGAUCCACACCAUGUCGCUGAUCCACGACGACUUGCCGUGCAUGGACAACGACGACCUCCGCCGUGGGAAACCCACCAACCACAAGGUUUUCGGCGAAGACGUCGCCGUUUUAGCCGGCGACGCGCUUCUCUCCUUCGCGUUUGAGCACCUCGCCGUCUCCACCGUCGGCGUCGAGCCUUCUAGAAUCGUCAGAGCGGUUGAGGAGCUCGCCCGGUCAAUCGGGUCGGAGGGAUUGGUGGCGGGUCAAGUCGUGGAUAUCCACUCCGAGGGAUUAUCCGAUGUGGGACUGGAGCAGCUGGAGUACAUACACAUCCACAAAACUGCUGCUCUUCUUGAAUGCGCGGUCGUUCUCGGGUCGAUUUUGGGCGGCGGGUCGGACACAGAAAUAGAGAAGCUCCGGACUUUUGCUAGGUACAUUGGAUUGUUGUUUCAAGUUGUGGAUGACAUUCUGGAUGUGACAAAGUCUUCACAGGAAUUGGGGAAGACUGCUGGGAAGGACUUGUUGGCUGAUAAGGUGACUUAUCCUAAGCUGAUGGGGAUUGAGAAAUCGAGGGAGUUUGCGGAGAAACUUAACAGGGAUGCACAGGAACAGCUCGUCGGAUUCAACUCCGAAAAGGCUGCUCCUUUGAUUGCUUUGGCUAAUUACAUUGCUUACAGGCAAAACUGACUAACUGAGGGAGUUUGGGGGAUGUUAUGUUGUAAUUUAGAAUUGGUUGUUUACUAGAAUUUACUCAUUUUAGAGUCUCUCACAGUUUACUAGAUCCUGCUGUUGAAAAAAAAAAAAGGAAGUAGCUGGGAGAUAUAUACAUUUUUACCUUUUCAAAUCUGUGUCAAAAUGUUUGUUCGAUGUGGAAUUUGUAUUCGUUAUUUUCGUGCUUUAACUAUUGCAUUCGACUAUCAGAUGAUGUUCUGAGAAAAUUGUGAAAAGGUAUGAAAAUGCAGAAGUAGAAUCGG